AUGCAAAAUAACAAAGGUUCUUCUGCUGGACCUUUGCUUAAGUCCUCUUGCGUUUCUCUUCCAGGGAGCCAUGGCCUGGCGUGGCAGGCGUGUGGUCCUCAACUCCAGGCGGUGAGCUCUGUGACAGGAGCGCGGCUCUCUGCGUACCGUUUCCAGGGAGCAAAUAAACAGCCUCCCACUGUGCGUGUGGUAAAGGAGUUUUCCUGGCAGAAGAGAACUGGGCUGCUGGUUGGCUUGGAAGAAGCAGAGGGAAGCGUUCUCUGUCUGUACGACCUUGGAAUAUCAAGAGUGGUUAAAGGCGUGGCUCUUCCAGGAAGGGUAACUGCUGUAGAGCUCAUAACUAAUCACGGAGGCAUCACCAGUGCGAGCGCUCGGCACCUACAUCCGAGCCUGCAAUGGCUCUUUGGCGUGGCAGCAGUGGCUACAGAUGUUGGCCACCUACUUCUGGUUGACCUUUGCUUGGAUAAUUUAUCUUGCAGUCAGAAUGAAAGAGAAGCAUCGGAUCUGGAAGUUGCCAGUGGAAUUCCUGUGGGAGUUCCAAAGAGAAGAAAAACUGUGGCCAGAGAAGGGAGACAUCUCUGUUUUCAAUUACAAAAUCCUUCGGGAACAGCAGUAUCAACCCUGAGCUACAUAAGCAGAAGCAAUCAUCUCGUCGUGGGUUUUUCCGAUGGCUACCUGUCACUGUGGAACAUGAAAACGUUGAAGAGGGAGGACCACUCUCAGCUUGCAGGAGGAAGGAUUCCUGUCUAUGCUGUCACUUUUCAAGAGCCUGAAAAGGAUCCUCGCAACUGUUGCUACUUGUGGGCUGUUCAGUCUACCCAAGAAAGUGAAGGUGACGCUGUGAGUUUACAUCUGUUGCAGUUACUAUUUCAUGAGAGAAAACGCCUGGCAUCAGGACAGGUCAUGUACGAGGGUUUGGAAUACUGUGACGAAAGGUUCAGUUUAGAUCUCACGUGUGGAGUCUUUCCCUGGAGAGGGCCGACCGGCAAUACCAAAUUUCUGAGCUGCCAGACUGUAGAAAAAUUUCCCAAGCCGGUUGACGGAGAGGAUAGCGUUAAUGAAGUAAUAUCUCCUGAGACCAGUGUAUCAGUCUUCAGCUGGCAAGUGAAUACGUAUGGUGAGGGAAAGCCAUCUACUUACUUGGGUGUAUUUGACAUUAACCGCUGGUAUCACGCUCAAAUGCCAGAUUCACUGAGGCCGGAAGAACUCCUUCACGACUGCCCCUAUUUUGCGCUGUGGUCACUGGAUACUGGACUAAGUAUGACUUCUCCAAGCCUCGUUUUGGAUAUUCGAGUACGUGAGCAGAGUCUCUGUCGCGGAGUGCCUCCUUCCUAUCCACCACCUGAUCAGUUUUUUAAUCCAAGCUCCUAUAAUUUUGAUGGUACGUGCUUGCUGAACUCCGGAGUUGUCCAUAUGACUUGCACCAGCUUCCAGAAGGAGAAUGAUCGCCAUCCUCGCUUCAGAGAGGGGGCAUGUGCCAGAAAGUCUGAAUUACGCCCAUAUCGGAAGAUCCUUCCUAGAGUUCAAAGGCAGCUGGCUGCAGAGAGAGCCAGGCCUUACCAUUUGCCUUCGUCGGCCUUAAGAGGAGUUGCGAGACCAAAGCCAGUAUCAAGAGCAAGAAAACCAGCCAAUUCAGGAUAUCUGGAUAUCAUAGCAACUUUCAUGAGUAAUGUGUUAUCCAGAAUUGGAGCAGCAUGGGCAGGAAAUGAGCAGAAAACCUUUUCCUCACGAUAUGAUAGUGCUAGAGUUGCAGAGCCACCAGCCGUACCUCGUCCUCUCCCUGAGGCAGAGUUGCGCAGUGCGGUUGUUGGGACACUGGUCACAAGAUUUUCACAAAAAUCUUCCAGGUUGCUGGGUUUGGUGGAUCGUCCUGUCCCUUCAUGUUCUGCAGCACAGGGUGGUAGCUGGCAGUCACCAUUGUUACAAAAGAAUUCUUCAAGAGCACCAGAGUUCAAUUUGCUACAGACUCCUCUUGUGGUUAAGAAAGCUGAAGUUUUGGCCACAUCUGCUUCUGGUUUUCCCGGCUUUACUCCUCAGUCUAUUCUCAGAUCCAGCGUUCGCAGCACACCCCAGGCAACUCCCUCUGCGUUUCCAGGAGAAUCAGUUACUCCUCCUCCCAGAGCAAACAAACACAGAGUGUCUUUCAAGGAAGGGAACUCAGAUGAGAAAUGGACUGUUGGGAAUGAUCGCCAUCCUCGCUUCAGAGAGGGGGCAUGUGCCAGAAAGUCUGAAUUACACCCAUAUCGGAAGAUCCUUCCUAGAGUUCAAAGGCAGCUGGCUGCAGAGAGAGCCAGGCCUUACCAUUUGCCUUCGUCGGCCUUAAGAGGAGUUGCGAGACCAAAGCCAGUAUCAAGAGCAAGAAAACCAGCCAAUUCAGGAUAUCUGGAUAUCAUAGCAACUUUCAUGAGUAAUGUGUUAUCCAGAAUUGGAGCAGCAUGGGCAGGAAAUGAGCAGAAAACCUUUUCCUCACGAUAUGAUAGGUAACCAACGAUGAUAUAGCACUGCCUGGGGAUUCAUGGGAGCAUCAUCAUGGAAUGGCGGAGGAUGCAUCGUCUGAGACUAGAGAUAAGGCAACUGUGCUUACUCUGAGCAAUCCUGAGGAGGAUCGUGCUGAAGUGGAAGCGUUUUCAAAAAGCAUACCUGGAGAUGGUUUGGAGAAAAUGGAUGUCAGCAAAGAAAACAGCAACUUCUCUGCCCGUUCAGACCAAACUACUUUGGAGUAUCACGAUGCAAAAUCACCUGGCGGUUUUUCAUCUGUUCCCAUGUGCCGAAUCGCAAAUAGCUUAGCUGUUGAUUUCUGGUGGCGAAAAAACAAGCUACAGGCAGCAGCCAGCCCGUGUUUUCUCAUGAGUUGAUAGGCAGUGCUUUUCACCUCUUAGUCUAGGCCAAUCUGAAAAUACUAUGAAAUUGUAGACUCUCAAGUAAGAAGGUAGCAGUUUUUUCUUAUUUUGUUGGUACUUUUGUCUUCUGUGCAAAACUUGCAGGUUUCCAAUCCAGGAAUGCUUUUUUUUUUCUCGGCAAAGUAGUCCAGGUAACGAGUCUCUUGGAUGUGCUUGGAGAUAAAUGUUCUGUGGUUCCUGUUGAAUUCAAGCCGUUCCUAAAAUAAAAUGUGUUUUUCAAAGCCC